AUGACAAUACGACCUAAUAGGAGACCGUUUGAAUCCCCCAAUAAUAUGUAUUAUUGCAUAGAUAUACACCUGAAUCAUGCAUUGUACCUCACGAAUCUUUCCGUCCCGCGCAUAAUUGAUGCCUCACAAAAAGCAAAACUUUUUUGCAGUUAUGAAAUGGCCAACCAAACACUCAACUCGGUGAAAUGGUACAAAGAUGGGCAAGAGUUUUUCAGAUAUUCACCGCUUACCCCACCGACUACAAAUUGGUUUCCUGUUCGAGGUGUUACCAUCGCCGAGGGCUCGUCGCACUGCAAUCAAUUCAUCUGCAAUGUUGAAUUGAAAAACCUAAAUGUACAUUCAUCUGGUUCAUAUCGUUGUGAAGUUUCCGGUGAUGCACCUGAAUUCAAAUUAAUCGAUAAAACAGCAAAUAUGACAGUAGGCGUUUUACCAAAAUUUGAUCCAUUUAUCAGUGGUCUUCAGCAUACCUACAGAUACGGUGAUUCCAUUAUCUUAAAUUGCAGUUCAGAGUGGUCAAAUCCUCCGGCAACACUUACAUGGUACAUCAACAAUAAAACGGCAUCCAUGACAACGGUGCAACCACAAAUCAAUGAAAUUUCACGCAGCUCAGAUGGUUUCCUUUUAUCGGCCAGCAAUUUGCAAUUACGCAUCUAUGUGGAUGAUCAGCGUUUCAUCGGUAAGAGUGAGGUUUUAGAAUUGAAAUGUGUUGCCGAUAUCAUGGGCAUCGCAAGUGUGCGACGCGCAACAAGGGUACGUGCAACAAUCCUAUCACUGGCUGACACCAGCAACAAACAACGACUACUGGGAGGAAGUAGCAGUGCAAACAGUAUUAACAGAUUUCCACUGCCGCAAUUUGAUUUUAAAUGUAAUGUGUGGCGUUUAAUUUAUGUUCUAAUGAUGAUGACUCUUGCGUAUUUGUGGCAUACAGGUUGCUGUUACUACUUGUUCGUGGCAAGGAGUCGGAGCGGCAGCACACGGAAACGAAGUUAG